UCAGCAUGUAAUUUAUUUAUGCUUAAUUUUAACUAGAUCUGUUCAGAACUGGUGUUGAUUAACAUGGAUAUAGUUUGCUAUGACUGCAUGAUUCAUGGCUUCUUUAUAGUUGGUGGUUUUUUAAACUGACAGACUUUUGUUGCUACCAAUACACUUAAUAUUUUAUUCACUGCGAUAGCUAUAUGCAUGUUAAGUACAUGUAAUCAUUGUGCUGAAAUAUACUUUGGCAUGUUGCUGAUUUGUGAUGCUUUCGGUGAAAAUUGGUUGUUUAACUUAUAGAAUUGAUGAUCUAUGAAUUAUAUUAAUGCUUUUCUUUUGCCCUAGAUUCUUAGGUUGUCAAGGAUGGCAGACACUAAAUCUAUUGGUAAGAGGUGGGAAGACAUGGACAUUGAUGUCCUAGUGAAGAUGUUCAAGGAAUUGAACAUGAUUGAGCUGGCUCCAGUUUCUCAAGUUUGUCGGUCAUGGCGCUUGGCUUGUUCAGAUCCAUUGAUAUGGAACACUCUUGAUCUAGGGCUUUUGAAAUCUAAUUUUAUUCCAACCAGGGCAUCACCAUACAUCUGGGUGAAUGAAAGGUCUGACCGGAGGCUGACACAAGUAUUGAGGAUUGCAAUGGCGCUCAGUCGUGGAAAUGUGACCUGCAUGAUAUACCACUAUAAUCUAUAUAUGAACGAUGAGCAUCUGAGUUACAUUGUUGAGAGGUCUCCUCAUCUCAAACGACUAGUUAUGCCAGCUUGGAACCGCAUCACUAAAGCUGGUAUCCGUCGGGCUAUACAGAGGUGGGAAAAGCUGGAAUCGCUGACAAUGCCUGCAAUCGCUCAUCCCCCUUAUAUCUUGGAAGCAAUAAGCAGGAGCUGCAAAAACUUCUCAGAACUCAAGAUCAUGGGUACUUUUGAUGUGUACUUUGCGUCAGCUAUUGCUUCCAGUCUUCCAAAGCUGAAAGUGUUAAGCGUGCGAUGCUCUAUAAUUUCAAAGGAAGCCCUGCUGCUUAUUUUGAACGUCAUGGAUAAUCUGGAGGUACUCAAUAUAUCUCACUGCCUUCUGGAGGGGCACACAGCUGCAGGACAGAAACAGGUGUUCAGGGAACUAGACCACUCCAUUUGUGAAAGAGCUUCCAGGUUACGUGAAUUCUUCCACUGUCAGAGCAGCUCAUGCACUACAUGUCGGAGGAUGAUCAAGGAUGAAGGUUUUAUGAGGUGGUACCAGUAUGAAACCUGGUUUUGGCGCCAGGAUGAGGUGAGCUCUCUUGAUUUGGGAGAUUAUGGAAGGUUGUUUGAUGAGGACAUGAGCAAAAGGUUGCAAGACUGAUUCUCAGUGAUAAUGCAGAAAAUAUUUUGAGGAUGCCAACCUUCAUCAGGGGGGUUUCCAAGUAGUUGUUCCUAAUGAGCAUACAGUCGUAACAGCUUUAAAACUCUUACAUCUAGAGUUGUUUUAGGGCCUUCUUAUAUAUGAGCAGCAGCAUGAUUUUGAUGGUGUUUGGUAUACUUGAGAAAGUAGGUAUGGGUGGAGUAACUAUUGCCACUAUUUCUUAUGAUCCGAAUGAAUCAGUUUUUGAACA